CGGCCCCUGAGCUGAAUUGAACCUGCCGGUGUAGAGAGAGGUACCUGAUUUAUAGCGUUUUACCGGUCUACCGGUCUCUUACUUCCUAUGAGCUGUGCACGCCAGUUAACAGUCCCCAGGAGGACCAGCGCGAGACGAAUAAGAAAUGACCAGAACAACAACAACAACAACAUUAAAGACAAUUAUAUGCAUAUUGAAACUUGGAAACAUUGACUAAGAAACAUGCGACAAUCUUAACGGAAACGGACAUUCUUAUCGGAAGUCCAUCCCUCUCUCUCGCUCUCGGGGCUAGACCCGCUCUACUGAAAGCCCCGCUAUCUCUACCUCUCGCCAAUAACGCCCAUUCGGAGGAUCCCGUUCCAGGCGUUCCGUCGUGAAAUCAAAAAUGCCUGGAGACGAUGUUACUGCCGGUGACAGCCAGACCUGAGUGAUGCUUGGCUCACAGCUAGUACAGACAACAACUACAGCGGACGAGGUUCCGCUUGAGAAGGUGUAAACCAUGAACUACGUGGGCCAGCUUCUGGUGACGGUGAAGGAACUGUACAAGGGCAUCAACCAGGCCACGCUCUCAGGCUCCAUCGACGUGAUCGUGGUCCAGCAGCCCGACGGGACCUUCCAGUGCUCGCCAUUCCACGUGCGCUUCGGGAAGCUGGGCGUACUCCGCUCCCGGGAGAAAGUGAUCGAUAUUGAGAUCAAUGGAGAAGCUGUGGACCUGCACAUGAAACUAGGCGACAACGGAGAAGCCUUCUUCGUCCAGGAAACGGAGAAAUGCAAUGAGGCGGUUCCCUCCCACCUGGUGACAUCGCCCAUCCCGACAGAGGAGAGUCUGUUGUGGCGGGAAACUGCGGAGCUCCGCCCCCCCCAGCCUCCCUCCCUCCCCGACGACCAGGUGUCGCCAGGCCCCGCCCAGACCAAUCACAAGAAGAAGAAGAGGAGGAAGAGGAAGCAUAAGGCCGAGCCGCGGCGCGAGGACCAGCCGGGUGCCGAGGGAGCGGAGCUGGCGGGGGGAGGCAGGAGCUCUGAGGAAGAGAAGACCGUCCACAACGGAAGGCCGGCCUGUGCGUCGGUGAAGGACCCCGCGGGACACAAGUCUCACCCCUCAUGGAAUGGCCUGGAGUGGGACAGCUACCCCUUCUCUGACGGAGACUGGGGUCCAACCAACAGGGAUCCGUCUGAAGACGCCUCACCUAAAAGUGACUCUGAACUUACGGUGAAGUCCUCAGAGAGCAUGCUCAGAGCCGACGCACACAUGCAGUGGUCCUGGGGAGAGUUCCCAGAAUGCACCAGGGUCAGUAAGAAGGAGAGAGAGACAGAACGGAGGGACCUGACCAUCACCCCGUCCCAGAGCACACACUUCCGGGUCAUCCUCAGCUCGGAGGCCAUGGAGGUGGAGUCCCUUGACCCCCGGGACUCGCCCUCCUUCUGCUCCCCCUGCUCCCCCUGCGGUCUUAUCAAACCCCGGCCCCGGGCCGCCAACCUGGAGCCGGGCCGGUCCAACGACAACGGCGCCGCCUCAUCCGGGCAGCACACCGCCAAAUGGAAGUCCAGCCCGCCUGCACGCAUCAACGUCAGCCUCGAUUCAGAACCCUGCGGCAAAACCAGCGACUCGCAGGACAAGAGGAGAGAUGUGAGGAAGAGGAGCCAGCACCAGGGACCUGAGGACAUCUACCUGGAUGACCUCACUGCCCUGGAGCCCGACGUAGCCGCGCGCUACUUCCCCAAGAGUGGUCAGGCGUCCAGGCACUGGGAGGAGGUGGGACGGCGCUCCAGCUCCCAGUCUCCCCAGUCAGUAGGGAGUGGGGCAGCGGACAGCGGGACCGACUGCCUGUCAGACUCGGUGGGGGGGCUGGACCUACCUGACGUCACCCUGUCGCUCUGCGGGGGGGUGGCCGAGGACGCAGAGAUCCCCAAAGAGAGGUUUCUGGAGCACAUCAUCUCUUACCAGGAUUUCUCGGAGAAUCCGGCGAUCGUCGACAAUCCCAAUCUCGUGGUGAAGAUCGGAAACCGAUACUACAACUGGACUCUGGCUGCACCGUUGAUCCUCUGCAUGCAGGCGUUCCAGCAGAACCUGCCCAAGGCUACGGAGGAGGCCUGGGUGAAGGAGAAGAUGCCCAAGAAGUCUGGUCGCUGGUGGUUCUGGAGGAAGAGCAGCGUCAAACAGUCGGUGGAGUUCAAGCAGUCCAGUCUAGACUCUCAGAACCCGGAGAGCCCCUCCACCCCGCUACCGACUCCUGCUGCACAACUGGAAGAGAGCUCCAGCGAAGACGACUCCAAGGAACUGAACUCUGUGGCUCCUCCCCCAGAGACAGCAACACCGCUCACUGAGCGCGUGCAGACCGGAGGCCCCGCCCCUGGUCUUUCCUACAGGAAGUCACUCCGCCUUUCGUCUCAACAGAUAGCCAGCCUGAAACUGAGGGAGGGGCCUAACGACGUGACCUUCAGCAUCACCACCCAGUACCAGGGAACGUGUCGCUGCCAGGGCACCAUCUACCUCUGGAACUGGGACGACAACGUCAUCAUCUCAGACAUCGAUGGCACCAUCACCAAGUCCGAUGUGUUUGGUCAGAUUCUGCCCCAGCUGGGGAAGGACUGGACGCACCGCGGCAUCGCUAAACUUUACCACCUCGUGCAUGAGAACGGCUACAAGUUCCUGUACUGCUCGGCGCGGGCCAUCGGCAUGGCGGACAUGACGCGCGGCUAUCUGCAGUGGGUGAACGACGGGGGGGCCAUCCUGCCAAGGGGCCCCCUGAUGCUGGCCCCCAGCAGCCUCUUCUCCGCCUUCCACCGGGAGGUGAUCGAGAAGAAGCCUGAGAAGUUCAAGAUCGAGUGUCUGACGGACAUCAGGAACCUGUUCCCCGCCAGCCAGCAGCCCUUCUACGCAGCCUUCGGCAACAGAGAAAACGAUGUGUUCGCCUACAAGCAGGUGGGCGUUCCUGUGUGUCGCAUCUUCACCGUCAACCCCAAAGGAGAGCUGAUCCUGGAGCAGGCCAGGGGAAACAAGACCUCGUACGGCCGGCUGAGUGAGUUAGUGGAGCACCUGUUCCCGUUACGCACCCGGGAGCAGAAUGCCACUUUUACUUACCCAGAAUUCAGCUAUUUCUGCUUCUGGAGACAGCCAAUCGCAGAGGUGUGUCUGGAAGACAUACUGUGAUUGUCCAGAGUAAAUGUUGCACUGCAUGCUGGGAGGUUAGUUUUCAUAACGCAUCCAGGUUUGAUGGUUUGAUGGUCUUGUUUGAUGGUCUUAAAAAUAAUGUAAGAAAAACAAGUUUAUAAAAGAGUUAUUAGCACCGAUUUAUAGUCUAGUGGCAACACUUAGGGCUGUUAUUUAUAUUUCCUAUUGCCCUGGUGAGAAAACACUGUUAACAUAAGAUAAAUAGAAGAAAGGAUAACUGUGAAAUAAACUCAAAUGUCAUGGGACCAGGAUCUCCAGGUAGAACCUUCUAGAGUGUUCUGAAACACCUGAGAAAGCACACCUCUGAUGACUGUUGGAUAAACCCUGUUAUGCUACUGACCUAGAGGGGAAGGUACUAUGAUCAACACAGUGGUUCACAUAGGGUGAGGCUCAGCCAUUCCCUCUGGUUGUGUCCCAUGCAGAACAUCCAAAUAUGGGACUCUCGCUUGCGUAAUUCCUGUUCCUGUCUGUAUAUGACGGAUUAAUACUGGUAGGGUUCCAGUAGCACAGAAACCAACGUAACCAACUGUGAAGAACAAACAUUGGAGCUUUCAGAUAUUAUAUUCAAAACCUGCUUCUUAAUGUUCAAAACCAGCUAGUUAAUAUUUACAGACUGCUAGUUAAUAUUCACAACCUGCUAUUCCAUGUUCCAAGCAUGCUAGUUAACAUUCACAACAUUCUAGUUAAUGUUCACAACCUGCUAGUUUAUAUUAAUAAGCUGUUCGUUUUUUUUAAACAUAACAAACUGCUCGUUAAUAAUCAGAGCAUGCUAGUAUAUAUAUUCACCACCUGCUUGUUAAUAUUCACAAUAUACUGGUUUAUAUUGACAUCCUGCUAGUCAAUAUUCACAACCAACUGCUGUUUAAAGAUGUAGUGUGUCGGAUUUUGUGCCAUCUUGUGGUGAGGUUGACUGGGUGGCAACCAAUUGAAUAACCCCCCCCCCCCUUUCAACAACUCCUGUGCUGUAAGGGGCCAGAAUACCUCCGAAAUGAUGUCAUCCUCUACGACUGCAUCGAGUAGCCAAGUGUCAAGUGAUGAGGUGCCUUGAUAGUUAUAAAUUGCGUUUAGUUAUUUAGUCUCUCUCUCUCUCUCUCUCUCUCUCUCUCUCUCUCUCUCUCUCUCUCUCUCUCUCUCUCUCUCUCUCUCUCUCUCUCUCUAUGUAUAUAUAUAUUUCGUAGCUUAUAACUUAGAUAGUGAUUAUGAUUGUUAAUUGAACACAUUCUCUCUAGAGAUGUUUUCCGUUCUUGGCUAUGCAAAAUCGUGGUGGUGCAACAUAGUGGGCUCUCUCGUAAAAGACCCCUUCCCAAUGUAGCUAUAAAUAGUGCCGUCUAACUAAAAAAUAACACAAAUUUAAACAUUCUCAUGAAUAUGAAAGUCUGGUCCACUAAAUACCACAUAAUUCUACACACUGCAUCUUUAGGACCUUCUGUAAAGUAAUGCUAUAUUUAACACUUUGUAAGUACUUAUACUUACAAGUACUUAUAUGUAUGCUUGUAUGUAUCCAGAACUUCAGGAUGUAUGUAAGCUAAAGGAGAGUGAAGUUAGUAUGAGCGGGCUGAUCCUUCUGGUGAGGAUUUUAGACUGCAGUCUGUAACUUCUGAUGAGAAGAAAGCACUUUUUAUCACAACUCUGCUGCUCACACACACACACACACACACACACACACACACACACACACACACACACACACACACACACACACACACACACACACACACACACACACACACACACACACACACACACACACACACACACACACAGUUUGUCUUAUGCGCUUGUGUCUCAGCACAAAUUAAAUCAAGGCACAUGGUUGAUCGUAUUAAGAUGAUCUAAAAUGAUGUUGUAUUCUGCAAGGUUUGAUUAAGUCUUGAUCUGUUGUUGCUCCUAUCGAUACAGUAUGAAUGUCCGUAUUCUUUCUAUGAAAGUGCUAAACUUUGUGUGACCACAACACACCUCUUUACAAACCCAUGUUGUAGUAAUUUUUUCACUUCUGAAUGCCUUUGCAGCUCCAACACAAGAAGUGUUAAAGAGCAUGUAGUCCUUUACAUGUAGAUAUAAUCUAGUUUUGCUUUUGAUUUAAAAACACAGAUGACAUUUAAAAGGUGUGGUUUUAUGAAGUAAAUCAUUUCAAAUGUAUAGAUUGUAAUUGUUGUAAACAUCUAUUUUAUUAAUAAAAAAUAAUGUGGUUUUUGACAAUCAUUGAAUACAAAAUGUGUUAAAUUUCAAUGAAUAAAUCAUAUUUUUUGUAGUAAGUCUAAGAAUGGAACCAGCUAUGACUUCUAGUGACAAAGAACAGAUAUCAUUGUGUUUCAUUAAAAGUAAGUGCGUUUUAAUAUCCAUCCGUCUCGGAGGUCCGAGGACGUUGCCUAGCGACACGCACAAACACGCCCCUUUUCCUCGGACGGCGAUCUCGCCAUCUCGGUUGAACUCAGUGGUGACCGAGCGAAAUUCCGAGACAGAAUUCAAGAUGGCUGCGCCCGUUGUGGCUUGAAGUAUGAACUGUUUUCAUUGUGCUUAGACCUCUUUGGUGGUUUAAAUGGUAAUUUCAAUGACUCGUAUUGCUGCAAUACCUUACUGCGUCCGUAUCUCUGCCUAUGUACACAAAUAUAUUGUAUUUGUGUACAGCACUUUGGUCAACAAAUGUGCUAUAUAAAUAAACUUGACUUGACUUGACUAUGGCCUAUAGCCUACUUGGAUCGCCUGGUCCUCUGCCAAUGCUACCGCGAUAACAGCUUUCCGGGUGGCGUCCAUGUUUUCCUCCAACGACCGAGCGAAAAAAAAAACGCUUGAAGUGUGGGCGUGGCGUCAGAUCCGAGAUCCGAGUCGGUUCGCAGAGAAUACUCGAACGCAGCAUUACGGUCAUGUUGUCGCCAUACACUUAGGUGCACUCACACUAGGCCAUCUGGCCGUGGCCGUUUUAGCACCUAACCGUGCUCAAAUCUGCCAGUGUGAGUGUGGCCAGUCUGGCCAGGCCGGGCCAAUUUGGCCACUUGGGAAAGGUGUGCUGCUACGGCAGAAGUUCCAUGCAGCGGACGCUUGGUGAUGACGUGUUACGACGUGAUGACGUAUGUACAAGAGCCUACCGUGGCUAGGCCACAGUUGCGACGGCCAACGGCCACGGCCAGAUGGCCUAGUGUGAGUGCAGGCCGGAGAACAAUGGGGCCAGUUGAGCACGGUUAGGUGUGAAAACGGCCACACGGCCAGAUGGCCUAGUGUGAGUGCACCCUAACUGUGCAACGUGUAAGAUUUGGGCAAGUUAUUCCUCAACACUACAAAUAGGGGGCAGCACAUUACCAGAAAGAUGUGGUGUCUGCCCCUGUUGUAGGACCAGUCUUAACAGUGCAUCAACAAAGUCUUAUUAAGCAAACAUUUGCACCGUGAGUGAGUUGCUGCCUUUAUAAGCGAACGUAAGCAUUAAAAGCUGUUUUCUUACCAGUCUAGAAGAAGCAUUGCAAGUUCAGUAUCAAAUGGCAUGCAGUUAACGCAGAAAGAGUGUAUAAAACGGUGGAAGUGACAGCAAUGUUGAACCAAAUUUAUCUUUUCUAUUUCUAUAAUUUAUUUCAUUUUUUUAAAUGAGGUUACCAUGGAUAGCUACUUCUCAUGUUGACGACACUGGACGCUGCAGUGAUGGCGCAUGUUACCCCCUAUGUUUUAUUCGAUACAUUUCGACAGUGUUACCCCUUAUGGGUUUUUCAUGACGACAGAUAAAACACGACAGUGUUACCCUUUAUGUUUCAUUUGAUAAAAACAACAGUGUUACCCCUUAUGUUUUUUUCCCGUGAUGACUGAUGAAAAACAACAGUGUUACCACUUAUAUUUUAUUUGAC